AUGGCGAUGGUCAAGGGCCAGCUCGAGGCGAAGCUGAAGGAGGAGCACGAGCUGAUCAGCAGCGGCGUGCUGCGCGAAGAGAACCCGCUGGACCUGUCGGACGACUUUGCCAUCUUUCUGGAGGCCUGCCGGCGCGGCGACCUGGGGCAGUGCCAGAAAUCCAUCUCGACCGGCGUCAACAUCAACGGCAAAGACGAGUUUGACUACACGCCUCUCAUCAUAGCGAGUCUGUGUGGUCACUACGAAGUGGUGCAGCUGCUGCUGGAGUCUGGUGCGCUCGCCGAGCGCAACACGUUCCAGGGCGAGCGCUGUCUCUACAACGCGCUCAACGACCGGAUCCGCAACCUGCUGCUGCGCUACGACUAUGCCAAGUCGACGGAUCCGCUGCAGCCGUGGGCCUCGCACAUCACGUCGCUGCUGACGCUGGACCGGCCGCCGACGUCGGACAUUACGCUGACGACGGCCGGAACCGGAACCGGAACCGGAACCGGAACCGAGGCCGCCACAUUCCGGCUGCACCGCUUUCUGCUGGCCGCCCGCUCGCCCUAUUUCCGACGCAAGCUGUCGGAGACGCCCGAAUUCGACACCUGGCGGCUGUCCAAGCAGGUGCCGGCUGCCGCGUUCGGCCUCGUGCUGCGCUACCUCUACCUCGACGACGUGACGGCCCACGCGACCGCGCUUGCCGACGCCGACGUCGACGCCGAUCUUGUCCGCGGCAUCGACCGCGCCAGCCGCUACCUCGAGGUCGACCAGCUCUGGGAGGCCAUCCUGGCCAGCCAUGACCGCCGCCUCGCCCGCCAGCGGUACCAGGACGAGGUCGAGCGGGCCCAGCACCAGAUCGGCACCUUCUUCCGCCAGCACGUGCUCGGCAACCGGAUCGUCGUCGACGCUGCCAAGGUCGACGCCGUCUGCUGGCCGCCCGACAACCACAUCUUUGCCGACUGCCUGCUGCAGGCAGACGAGGAGCCAGCAGAGUCAGUCGAUCCAGAAGGCGAGGAAGAAGAGCACGACAGCCUCGGACAGACGUCCCUACACAUCCCCGUCGGCCCGGCCGAGGCCACGUCGCACGAGAACCCGCCCCGACGUCGCGCCAUCCUCUAUCCCGCACACAAGGCACUGCUCGUCCGCUGCGACUACUUCCAGACCAUGUUCAGCAGCGCGUUCCGUGAGGCUCAGCCGUCGCCGCACCUGCGCAUCAUCCCGGUCGACUGCGCGCCCGACGUGCUCGAGAUCGUGCUCGCGUUCUUGUACACUGAGCAGGCCGAUAUCCCGCUCGAUCGAGCCCUCGACGUCCUCUACGUCGCCGACAUGCUCUUCCUCGACCGCCUCAAGACCAAGGCGGCCAUGAUCAUCAGCACGCUGGGCAGCGGUCGUCGCAACGUCCUCGACGAUCCCACCAGGUCCGGCCGCGCGGCCGACGACUCCGACAUCAACGUCUACGACGUCCUUCGUGCCGCCUGGGACCUCCGUGUUCAGCGCCUCGAGGAGUUCGCCGCCCGCUUCCUCGCCCAGCGCCUCGAACACUACAUCGAUGACCCUGCCUUUGCCGACUUCGUCCUCGAGAGCGCCAACCGCCUGCGCAGCCGCCAGGAGACUGACUCCAUCGAGCUCGUCGACGAUAUCCGCUACUUCUUGUCCGAGCGCUUCCGCCUCCGCUUCGAGGAGCUCGCCCUGGUCGAGGCCGAGGCCGAUGGCGAGCCCGCGGCUGAUGGCGAGCCCGUGGCCGAUGCCACCAUCGCGGCAGACACGGCAGCCGGCGUCAUGCGCACCCUCGAUGGCCACGUCGUCGAGGACGAGUUCGACUCAGAUCAGCUCAACUACCAGAUCCUGCUGACAAAGAUAGACAGUCUGCUUGAAAGACUCGGCCUAGACGGAUAA